AUGCCGACGGCACGAGGCAAGCUUACGGAUGAUCUAGAGGGACAGGAAGACGUACCUUUUCUUGAUGACGAAGGAAAAGAUCCGAGAAGCGACUUGUUUGCUUUUGGCGACGAGGAUGCCCUCAACCGGACGAGGUUCGAUGAGUCCCAACACAACUCAGCACAUGACUAUCCUCCCGCGGCCCCAAACACCUCCCCUCAGUCCCACAGCUGGGUCCACGAGUUCAAACAUGGUAAAUGGAGACGUAUGGUAGUCCCAUCGAUUAUGCUUUACCUCCUCUACGCGUCCUACACGCUCUUUCGAACGUCCGGUCCGAGCGACUGGUGGUGGGCAAAGUCAUCGCCGGUCGUGUUCGAUUUGCUCGAUCCGACCGUGUAUGUCAAGACCCCUGGACAGAGUUUGCUCGAUCGAGGGAAAGUCAAUUGGGGUCAGUAGCAGCAGAGCUCUGUCUAAAUACUCAAAUUUGCCAUGAAAGAGGCCGAGCUGAACGCCAAUAUUUUUAUUUCAACGCAGGACCCUUUACCUUGAAUCAUCCCACAGACGAGGUUGCAUGGACAGCCCAGGCCGGGGAACCCUUCACCCUCAUCGUUCAAUGCGACGCGUCCAUCGUCGGCACAGAAGAGUGCAGUCCACAGUACGUCGUGCACUUCCGCGGACCGGUCUCCGAAGCCGUACCGUCAAACCCGGCGUUCUACAAACAUGAUCUCAAGACAGGAACGACCGAGAUCCGACACACGUUGAUCCAGGCCGGGUUUUACGAUAUUUGGAUCACCCCGGAAGUGAUUGGGAACCCAGAUUGUUCGGAAAAUGAUCAGCAUUGGACCGUCAAGGGGAGUGGACAACGGCCAUUGCACGUUGUCGAAGCUCCAAAAUCCUCCCGGCUCGUCUCAGACGGGUUUAGAGAGUGCACCGCGGUCGACUAUGAGGGCCCGGCACACGGCAGGUGGAUCAGUGUUCCCCACAUCAAUCCCAAGUACCGCCUCACACCAUGGCUUCAAAGUCACUUGCAGGAUCGAGGCAAGUAUCCACCCGGCGUUUCCCUCGAGAACUCCUGAGAAUCUGCCGCUGACCCAUAACCGUCUCCCCUGCAGACACGAACCUCACCACAACCGAUCAAUACAUCUACGUCCCCUAUCGGUGCAAGCAAACGCGACUCGACGUAAAAAAAUCGCUGGAAGAGCUCCCUUCGGUCAAGCAUGUCGCCUACAUUGGCGACUCGAUCCUGCGCACGUCCUUUUGCGGCCAUCUCUACCCUUCACUCCACGACGGACAAAUUGGAGGGAACUGCCUCUAUUCGGACGACCUGAAGACGUAUCAUUAUUCUUCCAAGACUUUUGAGUACUCUCUUUCCAACGUCAAGAAGGAUACAAAUCGAGGUGUUGUCCGCUUCAGCCAGCGCUUCCUCACGGACGAGUUCGAUAAGUGGCAAGACACGCUAGCCGACCUCGUCAGUCCAGGCGUUCCCCCCCUCACGCACGUCAUCGUGAACGUGGGUCUAUGGCUCGCCCUCAUCGGCGAAGAAGCAUACAUGCAACGUGUCUCCGAGUUACUGGGUUACGUCCAAGCCGUCACCCCGCCUUCGGUCCAUAUCAUCUGGGCCUCGACCCCGUCCGUCAGUCCGGGGAUCGUGUGCUAUAAUAUGUUCAAGAGGAGGGGGUUGCGGCAUCAUGGGAUCUUGGCUCAGAGAGUCCUAGGGAUUUUUGGAGAGCGGUUCCCCUUGCUCAAGGUCGAUUUCAUCGAUUACUAUCGUUUAACGGAUGCGAGACCCGAGACAUCGACCGAUGGGAGGUGAGCACUAAGUUUUGAUGCGGCGGAGUGCGUGGCGUUCGAUGCUUGCUGAUCCCCAAGACACAUCUUGCGUGUUUCACUUACAGACACUGGGUGAGGGAGGACCAGCCUAUUCCGUGGAUGUACGAGGUGCGACCUUGGGUUGGUGCGGCGGACAACGCACUCUUCCAAUGGGCUUGGGAUAUUUGGCGAGUUCGAGCCGAGGACGACCAGAGUGCGAGGGUCAACUCUUAA